AUGCCUGGAACUCGCUCGCACAGGUCCAGGGGUAAACCGUCGCUCCUUGAGCGGUCAUCAACAAGGGGCAGUAACAACAAUGAAACUCGGGAAAUCAUCCAACAACUUGCCCGCGCUGCUUUAGUCUACUCUCUCAAGCGUUUGACCAGGCAAGACUUGGCCGAUAAAGGCAGCACAUCACAGCAAAAACUACGGUCAAGAUCCGCUCAUGAAGACAGCCAAAUCCACGAGCGCGACCGCGGUACAACAACCAAAGCACGAGACAGCAGCGGAGCUAGCCACCGCAGUGACCGAGACCAAGACGGCAGCCGCGAUGGCAACGACCUCCACGACGUAAUGGGUCAACUAGCCGUUGGCAUCCUCGGCUUUGGCAUCCGCCACUUUCUCCAUCAGCGCAAGAAAAAGGAAAAGGAGGAGAAGAACAAGAUCAAACCUUCCUUGUACGCCACCACUGCGGCAACACAGGGGCCACCACGGCGGCCGUCGGGUGAAUACCCAUACACUAGCUACGCCGACUAUCUGGCUGCUACCAGCAACCAUACUGGAGCCGGCACCAGAUCCAAAUCACUUCCCACCGAUGGUCCGGAGCCAGCAGCAAUAAGCCUAGCAACAACGCUUGAGUCACUCAAGAAGGAGCUGCGAGCGACUUCAGAAGCGCUGGCGGAUCUUGUCAAUAAGCCUCCAUCGCAGAACAAGAAGUACAACGUACAUGAAGCGUUGGCGGAGAGGGCAGAGGGCAUCAGGGUGUCGAUAGACAAUCUGGAGAUGGCGAUCAACAAUUCCGCGGUGUGCAUGGAGGGGUUGGAGAGGUAG